GAGUCUGUUCUUGAAGACCCUUCUUCUUCUGUCAUCUGUGUAGUCUUCAGUAUCGCUGCUUGUAUCAUUAUUUGGAUACAGGUGUCGAUCAUUUGCUCCAGCCAUUUUAACUGGUGGAAGCAUACACUUGAUAAAUAUAUAUAAAUAAUCACUGCAAAUUUCUCUGGAACCAAUCCAGAACAUAAAGAAUACUAUCUACAUUAGAAAAUACACAAAUUAUGUUCGAAGAAAUGUUUCACAUUCACACUACCCUUUCUUGUUGUCUUUUUAAAUUCUGGAAAGUUGAAAGUUUAAUGACAGUUUGACAUUUUGACAAUUGCUUUUUGACACUGCAUUUUCAUCUUUUGUGUAUUUUAUUCCAAAUCUAAACAUAUUUAGAAAGCAGAUUUGUAUAAAUUAAAGUAAUACAGUAGCAAAGUAAUCCGUCUUAUCGUAUUAAAUAAUAUUUUUAUACAUUUUCAAAACGAUGAAUAAAUUUUAAACGAUUCAGUGCAGCCAACCCAAACAUGGUAAAAAUAAAUUUUCCCUAAAGUAAAAUAACACAUUUUCUCAAAUUUCACAAUAAUUACCGUACAUUUUUCAAGUAAACAUUGAAAAACACAAUCAAUUUUAUUUAUAUUUCAUCCGAAGUUCAUAUUUUUUAUUAAAUUGUUUGUAGUUAGGAAAAACAAAUUUUUUGUUUUUAUUGGAGAACUAAUCCAUUUAUAUCGAUAAGUGGGGGAACCGAAGCUAUAUAAUCGGCGAAGCAUUUCAUUUUUAGACAUUACAAUUUGUGAAAUAGUAGUAAGAGCUAGAAAGAUACGGUGUUCAAUUCAGUGAAAAAUCUUACAAAUUUCCGAGAGAAUUUCAAAUAAUAUUCAGAAUGCAGAUAUUUGUUAAGACCCUGACAGGGAAAACUAUCACUCUCGAGGUUGAACCAUCCGACACUAUUGAAAAUGUCAAAGCCAAGAUCCAGGAUAAGGAAGGAAUCCCCCCAGACCAGCAAAGGUUGAUCUUUGCCGGUAAACAAUUAGAAGAUGGCAGAACAUUAUCUGACUAUAAUAUCCAGAAAGAGUCGACUCUCCAUUUGGUACUUAGACUUCGUGGUGGUAUGCAGAUCUUCGUCAAAACUCUGACUGGAAAGACCAUUACUCUGGAAGUAGAACCUUCAGACACUAUUGAGAAUGUUAAGGCUAAAAUACAAGACAAAGAAGGUAUCCCACCAGACCAACAAAGAUUGAUCUUCGCAGGAAAACAGCUAGAAGACGGGCGUACUCUAUCUGAUUACAACAUCCAGAAGGAGUCUACCCUGCAUUUGGUGCUUAGACUUCGUGGUGGUAUGCAAAUCUUCGUCAAAACUUUGACUGGUAAAACAAUCACCUUAGAAGUUGAGGCAUCAGACACCAUUGAAAACGUCAAAGCCAAGAUCCAGGAUAAGGAAGGCAUCCCACCAGACCAACAGAGGUUGAUCUUUGCUGGUAAACAGUUAGAAGACGGCAGAACAUUAUCUGACUAUAAUAUCCAAAAAGAGUCUACUCUCCAUUUGGUACUUAGACUUCGCGGUGGUAUGCAAAUCUUCGUCAAAACUCUGACUGGAAAGACCAUCACUCUAGAAGUCGAACCAUCAGACACCAUUGAGAACGUCAAAGCCAAGAUCCAGGAUAAGGAAGGAAUUCCUCCAGACCAGCAAAGAUUGAUCUUCGCUGGUAAACAGCUAGAAGAUGGACGCACUCUCUCAGACUACAAUAUCCAGAAAGAAUCUACUCUCCAUUUGGUACUCAGACUUCGUGGUGGUAUGCAGAUCUUCGUGAAAACUCUGACUGGAAAGACCAUCACUCUUGAAGUAGAGCCAUCUGAUACUAUUGAAAACGUUAAAGCUAAGAUUCAAGAUAAAGAAGGUAUCCCACCAGACCAGCAAAGGUUGAUAUUUGCCGGUAAACAAUUAGAAGACGGUAGAACUUUAUCUGACUACAAUAUCCAGAAAGAGUCCACUCUCCAUUUGGUACUUAGACUUCGUGGUGGUAUGCAGAUCUUCGUCAAAACUUUGACUGGUAAAACAAUCACGUUAGAAGUCGAACCGUCUGAUACUAUAGAAAAUGUUAAAGCCAAAAUCCAAGAUAAAGAAGGUAUUCCCCCAGACCAGCAAAGAUUGAUAUUUGCAGGCAAACAACUAGAAGAUGGGCGUACUCUAUCUGAUUACAAUAUCCAGAAGGAGUCUACCCUCCAUUUAGUGCUUAGACUUAGAGGCGGUAUGCAGAUAUUCGUCAAAACCUUGACUGGAAAGACCAUUACUCUAGAAGUAGAACCAUCAGACACCAUUGAGAACGUCAAAGCUAAAAUUCAAGAUAAGGAGGGCAUCCCACCAGAUCAGCAAAGAUUGAUCUUUGCUGGUAAACAAUUGGAAGAUGGCAGAACAUUAUCUGACUACAACAUCCAAAAAGAAUCAACUUUACAUUUAGUACUCCGUCUUAGAGGAGGACAAUAGUAUUUUCUAUUUAAUUUUUUAUUUCAUUCCUCCCAAUGAUUUUUAACAAGGCUGAUUAUUUCAAUAUUGCUUCAGAUUUGUGAAACAAAAAAUAAAUGGAAUAUUGCAAGUAA